AAUAAUUGAAGAGUAAACACAUUACAGGUGUAGUUGGCAGCAAACGUCUGGGUUUUUUUCGGUUAACUAUUCAACAAAAUUUCAAACGAAAUUGCUCAAUAAUCUAGAACACACCGAACAUAAAGUUAAACAAGGAAUUAUGACGAUUUUGGCUAAAUUAACAGGUGAAAAGAAGGAUCUGGAGAAGGUGCCGUUGCCAUUGCAUCUAAAUGACGAGGCUAUCAUGCAUCAUGGCUCACUAAUCAGUCCUAAAAUAGCGUACAGCGAUGCGGACACAGAAUCGAUGGUCUUCAAUCGGCCGCAAUAUAACUGUCUGAAAUCGUUUCUCUUGUUCCUGAUCGCCAUUAUCGUAAUGCUGAUGGGCGUCCUGGGGGGCUGGACACUUUACCGGCUAUAUACACCGAAUCAUUCGAGCAUGCGCUACCAUGCCCUCUGCGAUAUACCCUAUGCGGAGGACUCAAUGGAGAUGCCACGUUUCUAUGCGCGCAACGAUGACGCCUUCACCCUAAACUGGCGCUCCCUGUUGCCCCAACUCUCCGGUAACAGUGCGGGCAGCCAGUUGGGCGAGGUCAACGAUAACUACUUCCGCGAGGAGAUCGAGCUGGAUAGCAGCGAUGAGGAUGGCUAUGCCAAGAUCGAUGUGCCCGACUUUAAGGAGGGUCGUCACGGGCGUUUCAUGCACGACUUCAAGGAGAACCAGUCGGCCAUCAUCGAUACCAUCACCAACCGCUGCUUCAUCAUGCCGCUGGACCGCGACACCACCCUGCCGCCCAGCAGUUUCGUUGAUCUGAUGCAGAAAAUGGGCUCCGGCUACUAUAACAUCGACACGGAGCGUGUCCGUCGCAAUAUGCGCAUCAUAACACCCCGCAUCACCGAUCUGUCGAUGAUCUCGGAGCGCAUAGCCAACGAGUGCUACGACAUGAAGGUCUACAUGAUGGAGAAAUAUGUGUCUGGCGUUGCCAAGCGAUCAGCCGAACCUCUUCCAGAUGCCGGCAAGUAUGCAGAGUUCAUGGGUAAGGGCGUAAUCGAAUACGACCUGUCCAACAUAGCCGAGGUGGAGGCCUACGAGGCGAACGAGGCCCGCCAGCAGCAGGUGGCUUGAGCUACAGUUGGUCGUGCGCCGCAAAUGUUUUAAAUUAUUAACAUAUGAAGAGCAAAAACAAAACUAAACGAAAAAAAAAAACAAAAACAACAAAACUAAAACAACAACAAAAA